GCUUUCAAACUCGAAAGUUGUUGAAGAAAAUAUAAGAAAUUUGUACUAAACUCUAUAUAUUUCGUAUUUCCAUAAUCCUUAUUUUGUAGUAAUACGGAACAUACGGAAGGUUCGCUAUAUCGAGAGGCCUGGCCAUGGCACUUCCCAUUGCCAUACAAAGUGCUUGCCUCUGGUCAGUUUUGUCACGCCCUUUGCACGCAAAAUGGAUUCCUUCGCUGCAUGCGUAACGAUCGAGUACAGAGAUCAAUAUGGCCAUAUGCGAAUGCAAAGCGCGAGAACACUUGUGUGUUCAGCGAACGCUCGGGAAUUUGAUACUUUCGGAUGUUGAAGAAUUCUCCGUUCUGUCUUCAGGGGUUUAAGGGCGGGUUCGGAUUCUUCGUUCCCGAAACUGCCACUCCGAACCUUUCCGAGAGGACUCACUCUUUUCAUCCAUUAUGGAUUCAGGACAAUCAGGGGUGUCCCCUUCCUGCGGACCAAAUUUGAGAAGGCAGUUUGGUGAAAUAUGAUUUUGUAGUUCAAACAUUCGCAGGGCUUUUGCGGCGUCUCGUGAAUAUGAACUGAUCGUUGCAGAUUGUAUCCGUUUCGAAUCUGCCAGAAUUACAUCAUUGUCUGUAAUUUUUCACCAUUCACAAUGUAUAGCCUCUUCAAUUGCGCGCAGUAUGUAAGUUUUAAUCCAUUACGCAGCCGGGGAAAUACUUUGCCAAUCGGUAGGGGUCAUGUGGUAUUCCGCGAGGUUCAAGCUUUACCAGUUACGACAUUCUGGACGCAGCCUCCGAUUGUUAGUUUGCGAGCACCUCCGUCGACAAAUAAUGUGGAUACUCGAGAAUGGAAAUCAUCAGCGAGUUCGAAGACUGCAAUUCAGUUACCUUUCCUUACCACGCAUCCCAAUGGUAAAGCUUGGGAACCCUCGAAGGGAUCCUCUGCACAAUGGUCUGUGGAGUACAGUCGCCUACUACCGUGCCCUCAGGACCAAUUACCUCCGCGUGUUGAACAAAUGGUCGUCAUGGAGAGCGGAAAUGUGGUCGAUCUCGUAAGCAGGGCUCUCUGUCUUCCCCCAAUGUAUGUGGAAGAUUUGGUAGAGUUCGGAGCAGUUCAUUAUGCUCUUCUCUGUCCAUCUCCUCCUCCAACUGCCACAACCGAGCAGCUUGAAGUGUACAAACAGUUUUCUUUCCUACAGGAUCACAAGGCACGUCCCUCAUGUAAAGGGAAGACGGCUAGAGAAGCUCAGAAAACCUACCGAGUGAUCAGAAAAGACUUGUAUCUGGAAGCUGGAUCAUACUUACGAGUCCAUGUCCAUCCAAAACGAUUCCCCAGAUGCUAUGACACGAACUGGAGGCAGAAAAUUCUUUUUCAAACCGAGUCAUUCUUAGUCCUAGAUAAACCAGCCGGUGUUUCGGUCGGUGGUACAGUCGAUAAUAUAGAGGAAACGUCUGCAAUGUUUGUUGCUCGAGCCAUAGGACUGGAAAGACCCCUUUGCAUUACACAUCAGAUCGACAAUGGUACUGAGGGAUGUGUGGUUUUAGCGAAAACAGAGGAAUUUUCUUCAAAAUUCCAUGAGCUGAUGCGGAGUAAGAAAAUGAAGAAAGUAUAUCGUGCCCUCACAGUAGGACCAGUACCUGUCGGUAGGAUGAUACAUUACAUGCGUCCCGACCGCCAUUCCCCCAGAUUGCUGAGUUUAGGAAGUCACGAGAAGUGGCAACGUUGUGAAAUGGAAGUCAUAAGCUGCAAACAAGUUCCUUGGCCCAGUCCUUCCACAAUGAAGAAGUAUGGUGUAAAGAGCUGCGGCUGGAAGGAGCAGCCUUAUGCUUAUGAAAUAACCUUGGAGCUUCUAACUGGUCGUACUCACCAGGUUCGACUACAAUGUGCAGCAGUUGGUUCUCCUUUGCUAGGAGACUCGAUGUACAUUCCUGCAGUUAUAGCGCGUCUCAACAGUCCAGAUAUAGAUCCUUGCCUCAGCGUACUGGAAGUGGAAGAUGAAAGAUCAUGGAUUGGUAACAUCAAGGAUAGAAGAGACGGUGGACCCAUGGAAAGAUGGCUUGCUGCCCAUGGACGUGAGCCUGAGUGUGCAAUUGGAUUGCAAGCGUUUCAGUUGUGUUGGGAUGAUGAUGGACAUAUUUUUGAGUUCGAAGCAGGGUCACCUUGGUGGAGUAUUCCAUGAAUGACAUCUCGACAUCUCGACAUGAAGAUUGCAUGCUUUUCUUAUGUCUCGUAUAGAAGCAGUUAUUCGUCUCAUUCAUCUCUCCAGGGUAUUUUGCACCUGACAAUUGCAUGCUGAUCAAUGCUUUCUUCUCCAUCCGAGCAGUUUGUCGCCUGGCACAGGCCACAGGGAAUUUCUUACUUAUAUGGCUUUGGUCUCUGCAUGUUUACUUUGGCGUCAUUCAUAAGUUUCCAACUCAAUCUAAGGUACUAAUUCCGGGAUCUUUGGAGGUACCGUUUGCACUCCGCCCUCUGCCUCAUUGUCCAUCCUCAUAUUCCAGCUCUUGGUAUGAGACAGUACACUCGAGAUGCAUGUAAUAUAAAUUAGCUAGUGGACUUGAUUUGUUAUUUUUGUUCCUAUUUAUAUGUCACGUUUGAAAUUCAUGUUGUGUGUUCACAAGUCACAACAUGUUGUGACUUGUGAACACACACGGUGGCCAAUGGGCGGCGGAGGAGUAUUCAAUGCAGUUAACAUAUCAACUGAUUUGAGCGUUAUAAGAUGUGGAUUGCACUCACGGGACAGACGAGGUGGUAUUCUAACACCGAAACUCUCGAUAUCAUCUGAUGGAAUCCUUUUUACAUCUAUAUUUGGUGCUACAACGAGAUGAACUGUAGUUGUUCAACUGUUUGCGUACGGCACAACACAUUGGGUUGUAAUGAACCGCAUGAAGAGAUUCGAAGUCUAAAGAAGAGAAGUGGAGUGAGAAGACGAAAAUAGCUGGCCCUUGACAUCAGAGAAAGUUGAAGUCGAUUGUCAGCGAAGAGGAAUCCUUGGUUGUGUUUACUUGGAUAUCGUGUUUGCGAACCGAGACCUUGCACAAUCGAGAAUUCAAUUAAAGUGCCAUUUCAAACAAAACGUAGUUUUUGUUUCUUGGUGUUCAAAAAUUUGAAAAUGACAAGGAGUUUCUCGAGAUUGCAGAGCAAAUCCUUCAAUCCUUCAACCAGACGAGGUGCAACCACCUCCUGACCCGUG